AAACUGCUUGUGUAUGAAUAUGUACCCAACAAAAGUCUUGACUACUUCCUUUUUGAUCCUGACAAACAAGCGUCAUUGGAUUGGGAAAGACGCUAUAAAAUCAUACAAGGGAUUGCUCGAGGAAUGCUUUAUCUCCAUCAAGAUUCUCGUCUUAGAAUCAUACAUCGUGAUCUAAAAGCAAGCAAUGUGUUGUUAGACGUGGAUAUGGUUCCUAAAAUUUCAGACUUUGGCAUGGCUCGGAUUUUCGGAGUAGACCAAACCCAAGGAAACACAAGCAGAGUUGUUGGAACUUAUGGCUACAUGUCUCCAGAGUAUGCAAUGCAAGGACAUUUUUCCGUGAAAUCAGAUGUAUACAGCUUUGGUGUACUAGUGUUGGAGAUUUUAAGUGGUAAAAGGAAUACUAGUUUCUACCAAUCAGGGGAGGCUCAGGACCUUUUAGGCUAUGCAUGGAAGCAGUGGAAUGAUGGGGCACCCUUGGAAUUUGUGGAUCCAAGUAUAAGGGAUUCGUGCUCGGUAAAUGAAGUCCUAAGAUGCAUACACCUUGGCUUGCUGUGUGUUCAAGAGUCUGUAGACGAUAGACCUACAAUGGCAACAGUAGUCCUCAUGUUAGAUAGUUACUCUGUCACUCUACCGGUACCACAAAACCCGGGUUUCUUUAUCAAAGAUAGGACAGGAUCAAACUUUGGCAACUCGGUAUGGUCAGAUCAAUCGACUAGCAAGUCUAUGCCUUGGUCUGUGAAUGACGUCUCUAUCUCUGAAAUGGAACCGAGAUAAAGGACGUGGAUCUAUGUGGGUGCCUGGGUGGCACGCACUAAAAUUACUUUAGAUUUUUUUAGUUCAAAAUUCGGCUAUAUUGAUGAUAUAAAGGUUAUGUCUGUAUAAUUAUUCACCAAGUGCCCCUUCAUAAAUAGUAUCCUAAGGCCCUGUUUGGUAAUAGCGUUUGAGGUAGCGAUUAGCGUUUUGACCAGUCAAAACACUGCUAGUAAAAAAAUUAAUCUGCCUUUUUGGUAAUGUAAUAUUGUUUCCUGUUAAAUCAUGCUUGAUUAUACAUAUACUAUAAACGUGAAAUACAAAGAUUGUUUGUUUUAA